AUGGCUCCCUCGUUUCCCGGUGCCCGCGCCGAGGUUGAUUACCCUAUCUACUCAAUCGACUUUGAUCCUGAGGAUGCGAAUAGAUUAGUUGUUGGUGGUGGAGGUGGUGCUGGGUGUUCCGGUGUCGGCAACAAGAUUACCGUCUUCGAUGUCUCUCACCAAGACGAGAUCCGAGCAGCCGGCGAAAUCGAGCUAUCUCGCGACGAAGACAGCGUCAUGUCCAUCGCCGUCGGCCCACACAAGGGCAAAACUACAUACGUCUACGCUGGCAUCAACUCCUCUCCAGAAGAAAUUGCCAAAGGCACAAAUCAGCACUUGCGCCUCUUUUCUGUCGAUCCCUCCAAAGCAAGACCGCUGGCUGCCAUGACAGGCAGCCCCUCGAAGCCCAGAGCCUUCCCCGAGGCCAAAAUCGCCGAAGCGUCCCGUACAGCGCUCUUUGCGAACCCGGACGCCAACGCAUAUCAGCGCUUGUUGCGUGUUUCGGGAUCUAUCGGCGCCGCAGCAUCUGCUCUGGGCAAAGAACCUCAAAUAGCCGUGUUUGAGACGACUACGCCGAAACCGAAAAUACGCGGAUUGCUAGAGCUAACGAAGGAAGCCGAGGCCAUAGAUAUUAUUCAAACAGGAGAUGAUGAGUUCCAGCUGGCCUACGUUGACCGUUACGAGCUUUAUAUUGUUAAUAUUGGAAGCAAGGGGAAUGGCGAGCCCCAGAUGGUGUUUUCAAUGCCGGACGACCAUGGGGAGCGACCGCAAUUCAGAUCCAUUCGGUAUUUGACCCCAGAAUUUGUUCUUGCCGUUUCCAAUUUGCCCAAGAAGAAUACCGGUGCGCUUAUUCAGGGACUGCGGUUGCCUUCAUCCAGCCACGAGAAGGCUAGACUGGCUGCCACGGCGAGGAUAUCGCGCAAAAUGUCGGCCAUAGCUUUAGCUGUGACUAACUUGUCGUUGCCGGCGUCGCCCACGGCUCCGGUAAGCAACGCACAGUUUGCGGUGGCUGUUGCUGGCAACGAUUCGUCAAUCUCGCUAUACACACUGGAACAUCAAGUCUCACCGGCCUUGAACCUGCUUCUCAACCUCUAUCCUUUCUACACACUCAAGAACGUCCACGGCAACGAUAAUAUCUCAGGUCUCGCAUUCUCAACUUUCAUCACGCCCAAGACACAUAUCCGAGCACAAUACGUUAAGCUGGCAAGCACGUCGCUUGGGAAAACUGUCGCCAUCCAAAGCAUCCCACUCAAAAAAUUCGUUGACGUGCAAGCCCCUCGGAACAGGAAAGGUCCUCCUCGACCAACGCGCUACGUUGUUGCCAUGCAGUCCCGCGCCCCAUCUGCCCGGCCGCUUAUCAUAACCCUCAGUAUCAUUGUGCUUAUUCUCGCGAUCGUUGCCCAGUCCGUAAAGGAAUUGUACGGCGUAGGCAAACCUGUCAUCUUUGCACAACCAUUUUUACCCUCGUGGCACGGAAGCCUUCGGCAGCCCAAAACGCAACCCUCGUAUUCGUUUGAGAAUGAGCUCAUUUCAAGCUUGGUCGACGGUAACAUGGUCUUGGGAUCUGGAGAGAAGUUUGUCCUACUCGAAGAUGACCAACCGGUCGUUGUUGAGGGUGAUGGUGAGCAGGCAACCAAGAAGCUCCGAGUCAACGUACGCGACUCUGAUGCCCACGGCUCGGCGAGAGCAUGGGAUCAGCUCCACGUGGAUGAACAAGACGCGUGGAAGGAGAGGCUUCGUGAUGCGGGUGCCUGGACGCAAAACAUGGGUGAGAAUGUGUUCAAAGGGAUUUUGUUUGGGGAGUUGGCUGGUGUUGUUGGGCGGGUUGUGGCCGGCUAG